CCCUCCCCCCCCCUUCUGCAGAGUCAGUUUCCUUUUGGCCCUCUCCUCAUGCUCUCAUAGCUUCGCACGCGUGCUCACUGCCUCCAUUGCCGCCGCCGCCGUCCCCCCCCCGUUCUCCAAAAAAAAUCAACAGCCGACACCAUGACCGUUGCCGAGACCACCACCCUCCCCCAGAACGCCACCAUCUCGAUGGACGGCAAGAAGCCCGCCGACAAUACGUCCGCCGACGACCGGACCAUCAUUUUCGUUCUCGGUGGCCCCGGGGCCGGCAAGGGCACCCAGUGCGCCAAGAUCGUCAAGGACUUCGACUUUGUCCACCUGUCUGCCGGGGACCUCCUGCGCGAGGAGCAAGCCCGUGCCGACAAGUCCGAGGUCGGCCAGAUCAUCGCCGACUGCAUUCGCCAGGGUGUCAUCGUCCCCAUGCACAUCACCAUCGGCCUGCUGGAGACCAGCAUGAACCGCGCGCGCCAGGAGAACGGCUCCCGCCGGUUCCUGAUCGACGGCUUCCCCCGGGCCAUUGACCAGGCCCUGGAGUUCGAGCAGACCGUCGGCAAGCCGUCCAUGGUGCUCUUCCUGGACUGCUCGGAGGAGGAGAUGGAGCGCCGCCUGCUCGAGCGCGGCCUCACCAGCGGCCGGACCGACGACAACCCCGACUCCAUUCGCAAGCGCUUCCGCACCUUCGUCGAGACCAGCAUGCCGGUCAUCCACCACUACGAGGCCGAGAAGAUCGUCUCUUCGGUUGGGUGCCUCCGUCCGAUCAACGACGUCUACCAGGACAUCCGCACCCUGAUCACUGAUCUGAUCAUCUCGCGCGAGGGCAGCAAUGCUUCGUCUCCCUUCCUCCAGGCUGCCGCUACCCAGCAGGAGACCACCCCCCAGGCCUCCCCCUAAGUGCCGCAUGUGCGAGCCCUGUUUCCCCCUCCUGCAUGCCUCCCUCCGGGGGGGUGGGGGGGGGG